GUGUGAGAAUGCGUACGUACGUAUUUUAAAUAUUACUGAAGAUAGAUAGAUAGCUAGGUUGGUAGGUGGGGCGGGAUAUAUCGGAUUGGUCGAUCGGCAUGGAUGAUGAAGAUGGCAGCAGGUGCGAGAGGCGGAAGAGUGCGGGGAAGCGGAGGGCAGCAGCGGAGGCGAUACAAGCCCCGGCCCCCUGCGGCGCCUGCAAGUUCCUGAGGAGGAAGUGCGUGAGCGGAUGCAUAUUCGCCCCGCACUUUGCCUCCGAUCAGGGCGCUGCCCGCUUUGCCGCCGUUCACAAGGUCUUCGGCGCCAGCAACGUCUCUAAGCUCCUCCUUCACAUCCCGCCCAACCGCCGCCACGACGCCGUUGUCACCAUAUCUUACGAGGCCCAGGCCAGGCUGUCCGACCCCGUUUACGGUUGCGUCUCCACCAUUCUUGCUUUGCAGCACCAGGUAUUAUAUACGAAUUCAAGUAUAUAUGUAGCUGCGCUAGCUAGCUAGUGCCUUAAUUCCCA